AAACACCCACUCACCAAAACUGUGAAUGCAGUAUCAGUCUGACAUUCUUAACCUUUGAAGAAGCUUCCUGCUGUGUGACUGUGCUGCAGCGUCCGAGUGAUACGUUGAGAUGGAAUCAGUUAAUAACAUUGAUGUCUAUGAAUACCUGUGGGUCAGUAACCAGGACAUUGCUGAGCACACGCUGCAUACACCGUGUCUACAGCACAUGCAGCUUGGAGACCUGCAGGCAGACAACUAUGUCAAAUUCAUAAUCCAAGACAUCAACUAUCUGGUGGUGGCCACAGACAUGUUGGAUGAGAUGAGAAACAAAGUCGAGGUCCCCCAGGACCUCCACGAUUUCAUGGAGGAUAGGUGUGAAAGCUACAAGACGUAUGCUGAAAGCACGUUAAAGGAAUUUAACCUCAAUAGUGUGUCAAACAUUAACCCAACCCCUGCCAUGAAAAAGUACUUGUCUGAUUACAAAGACAUCAUGGAGAAUCAGGAUCCCAUUUACUUCGCCGUGGCUCUGCUUCCCUGCUCCAGGCUGUGGCUGUGGCUAGCCAAUCAGCUCAACGAGAACUGCUGCAGCGCAUACUUCACCUGGAAGAUGUCCAACAUGUGCGGCCACCCAGAACAGCACUUUAAAGCGCUGCUCAACAAGUAUCUGACCACACCAGAACAGAAGGAACUGGCAAACAAACUCUUCCGCCAGCAAAUGAACAACGAGCAUGACGUUUGUGCGUCUUCACUUGAAUGAAACAGGAGCAGUUAAUAAUAAACCUUCUUGCUUUCAACUGGUUAGAGUUAAUGUGUCUCUACUGCCCUCUGCUUUUCAUGUCUAACAUAGUGCAUGUGAAGAACAUACUCUUCUUCACCAGUUCUGCACUGCAAUAAAAACUGAGCUUUGUUCAGUCGGUGCCUUUAGAUUCUUAUUGCUGUUUCUCACUUAAAGCAAAAUGUCUGUCCAUCUAUAAAAUGUCCUUUAUGGCCGUUACAGCG